AUGGGUGCUAUUGAAAGAGCCAACGGGAUCGUCAUUUCUGAUUUUGACAGGACCUUGAGCAGGUUUGCCUAUAAUGGAAAGCCAUGCCCUUCUUCCUACAAUAUCCUGGAUAACAGCAAGAUCAUCAGUGAGGAGUGCCGGGAAAAGCUGAAAGCGCUCCUUCACCAGUAUUACCCAAUUGAGAUUGACCCACGCCGGACCGCCAAAGAGAAGUCACCUCAUAUGGUGGAGUGGUGGACCAAAGCACACGAUCUCCUGUGUCAGCAGAAGAUUCAGAAGUCUCAGAUAGCCCAGGUGGUCAGAGAGUCCAACGCAAUGCUUAGGGAGGGAUACAAGGCGUUCUUCAACACCCUCUACCAAAAUAACAUCCCCCUCUUCAUCUUCUCCGCGGGCAUCGGUGACAUCCUGGAGGAAAUUAUCCGGCAGAUGAAAGUGUUUCACCCCAACAUCCACAUUGUGUCCAACUACAUGGAUUUUGACGAAGAUGGUUUCCUACAGGGAUUCAAGGGCCAGCUCAUACACACAUACAACAAGAACAGCUCCGUGUGCAAGGACUCCAGUUACUUCCAGCAGCUUCAGGGCAAAACCAACGUCGUCCUGCUGGGGGACACCAUGGGGGACCUCACCAUGGCCGACGGGGUCCCGGGUGUGGAGAACAUCCUCAAGAUCGGCUUCCUGAAUGACAAGGUGGAGGAGCAGCGGGAGCGCUACAUGGCCUCCUAUGACAUUGUGCUGGAGAAGGACGAGACGCUGGACGUGGUCAACGGGCUGCUGCAGCACAUCCUGCACCAGGGGGACUGGGUGGAGAUGCAGGGCUCCUGAGUGCGCAGGCGCGGCCUGUCUGCAGGCGGAGACACGGAGGGAGCCUCCGUAGGGGCUGCUCUGCGGUGAGCCUGGUGUGUACAGAGGGCAGCUCAGGACAUCCACAAGCUGCUGGGUCCGCGCCCUUCCCUCCCCUUUCCCUGGCACAUUCCUGUGAGUUCUCCAAGGCCGGAGGGAGGCCCUGGCAGGUGGGAGGCAGCUAAAGCCACUUCCAGCAGCUUCAGGGCAAAACCAACCUGAAUCGGACCUGCAGGCUGUUUGCAUCCCGGGGGUCAUUUGGUCCAGGAUUCGUUUUUUGGUGUUUUUUCAAAAAUGUUUAACAUGGGAUGCUGUUCUUCAAACAAAUCGAAUGUGUAAAGUAGAUAAAAAUAAAAGGAGAAACCAGA